AUGGCGUCAAACGCAGCACUGCCGAAUGAAGCGCCAGAAGAAGAUGCCUCAGAGCUGCAAUUUCCCAAAGAAUUUGAAAAUGCUGAAACACUCCUGAUUUCUGAAGUGCAGAUGUUAUUAGAACACAGAAAACAGCAGAAUGAGAGUGCAGAAGAAGAGCAGGAGUUGUCUGAAGUGUUCCUCAAGACUCUGAAUUACACCCAGCGAUUCAGCAAAUUCAAAAACAGAGAAACCAUAGCAGCUGUUAGAAGUUCUCUGAUGCAGAAGAAGUUACACAAGUUUGAGUUAGCAGCACUGGCGAACCUUUGUCCUGAGAACGCAGAAGAGGCUAAGUCCCUUAUCCCUAGCUUAGAAGGGCGUUUUGAAGAUGAUGAAUUGCAACAAAUCCUGGAUGACAUCAAAACGAAACGCAGCUUCCAGUACUGAGUACUGUGGAAGGAUCUUAGAGGAGCAUUAUGAGGAAGCUGUUCCUCUCGUCAGCAACAGUGGACGUCACGGAUUCCUGGGUGUUCGUGAAGAAUUGAAUGGGUUCUUUGGUACAUACAUGUUGCGGUCAUGUUCAGUAUCACCUUGCCCGUCACUGAACGUUCAGAAUUUCAUACUAAAAAUGAACAAAUGGUCAUUUUCUUUACCACCUGCCAAAUUUUGUAACUAAAAGUGGACGUGUGCUGUAUUUCAGUGUUGUGCACCUCCUCUCUCAGUGGACAUGACAAAUUUUGUAGCGGACAUGGUCAGUGGCAUCUCCCGAAUUUUGUAACAAGAAUUGGACAUUUGCUGUGUUCAAAUAUCUUGCAUCUCCUCUCUGUGAACAUUCCAAAACUUGUAACACGCAUGAAGAAAUGGACAUAAUCAGUAUCAUCUCCCAAAUUUUGUAACAAGAAGUGGACAUGUGCUGUUUUCAAAUAUUGUGCACCGCCUCACUCAGUGGACAAUACGAAUUUCGUAACACACAUGAAGAAUUGUGCAUGUUUAUUAUCAUCUCUCAAAUUUUGUAACAGAAGUGGAAGCGUGCUGUGUUUCAGUAUCGUACACCUUCAGUCUCAGCGGACAUUCCAGAUUUUGUAACAUGCCAAAGGCAGAGGAGAUUGAUUUUAGUCUUUACUUCACGGAUCUUAAUUGACAUGUGUUUCACACAUAAGAAGUGAUUUUUUUUCUUGUCAUCCUUCAUUUCAGCCUGAUCAUACCUUCAUUAUUGCCAUCGAUGUACAGAUCUAUCACAUGAAAUGGUACACUUUUGUACAGUGAAUUAAAGUUUCAGAUUUAGCUAU